AUGUUGAUGUUUAUUUGACUUUCCUUUUCUUUCUGACAUUACUUCCCAAUUUUUGUUAAAUAUUGCAAUGAAUACAAAAUAUUUGCUCAAGAACAGUGGUGGCAGGUAUGGCUUUAUACAUAUUGGAGAAAGUAUUCUAAUGUGGUGUUUUGACCAUAUAACAUGUUGCAGAUUUAGGCUGAAAUACUAUGUGACCAAAAAUAAAGCAUAUUAGUAUGAAGUGUAAGCUAGUGUAUGUCACAUGGGACCUAUGAACUUAUAAAUCGAAAACACGUACUAUUUCUUACUGCAGAAAUGUGUGACCAUCCACUGUAUUUAAUUACUAAACAAACAAUAUGUUGUGUAUGUUCCAGCUAGCUAACUGUCUGUAGUAUGUCUAAAUUUUAUGUUUACAAUAGUUAUUCCUUGACACCUGCUGCACCUUAUGGAUUUAGAAAGUAUCAUUAUUAUUGUGGUAUGCACAUAAGUGCAGGGCCAAGGAACAGUGUAUCUUGUGAUGCUUUGUGCAAUAGCAUCAUUCUGCCAUGCCUGCCUGUAGUAAAUGCAUUGGGGUGUGUGUAGAACAUUUAGCAUUGAUUUUAAUGUUAGUUUAUGUUUGGUGAGAUUACCAAGCCAAUGUAGUUUUCAUAAUGGGUGACAUAAAACAGAUAAGACAAGUAUUUCAUUAAGAAACUACAGUGAUAGUUUUCUGAGCAUAUGAGUUCUGUCAGGCAAAGUCAGAAGCAGAAACAGUGACUCAGUGCAGCGCUCACCUUUGUGUUGCCAAUUAUCAGGAUAGGCAACCGUUGGAGUGUGAGGCAUGAGAUAUGAUCUGAGCCAGUUACUCAAUUGUCCACGGAUUCCAUAUUGGGCUGCUUUUCCUAAAAGUAUUCUGUGAUCGAUGCAGUUGAAAGCCUUAGUCAGGUCACAGAAUAUGCAAACGGCAGCUUGAGCCCUCCUUCAGAUCCAAAUUACAAUUUUAAGAAUUUGGAUAUACCAUCAGGGUGACAUCAGAAAUAAUGUCAGAGACUAAUUAUCAAAGCAAUGAAGAACAAUCUGCUGAAGAAGAAGCCCCAAUAAAAGUAGAAGAAUUUUUACUAGUGGAAGAUAUUGCAUAUGUGAAAAUGGAAGAUCCAUGCAUACUGGCUUUCUGGCGCCAGACUGCAGAAGCCAUGGAGAACACAAAGCCAGACAGUGAAGAUCUGGAACUAAAUUCUGGGCCAGAUGUGUGGGACAUGCACUGGAAAGAUUAUAGGAACUGUAGAAAAGGAGAACAACUGCAAAACAAUCUUCACGGCAGGACUGGAGAGCUGGAUAUACGUCCAUGCUAUACAUGGCAAAUAACUAAGUGGCUUGUCUCUGAAAAACCAGUUGAUGGUUGUCAGGCAGGUAGUGCAGACAAUACUUCAAGCCCAGAAUCAGCCAUAAGUAAGUGGUACGGAUGGAGUAAAGACGAACAAAGUCACUGGCCAAGAGAAAUUACUGAUUCUAUCAAAUUUCUUGAAAACAGAGUGCCAGAUACACAUUGUCACCAUUGUUCUGAAGACUUCUCUGAAAAGGAUGAUUUGUUAAGGCAUAUAAAUGAGGAGCACCUAGAAGAAGAUGUUGGCUAUUUUCAAUGCAGCAAAUGCUUUACAUCAUUUGAUAGUAAGAAUAAUAUAAUAAAUCAUCUGCAGAAUAUAAACAACAUGUGUAGACUCUGUUCAGAAUACUUUUGCAGUGCUUCAGGUCUUCAGACACACUAUCAAGAUCAUAAGAGAAUGUACAGGUAUACUUGUGAUCAUUGUAAAAGUAGGUUCCAUAAUGAGGUUCAGUAUCAGCAACAUGCACUACUACACGAAGGAUAUAAGAUUGAUGAUAGUAGUCUUCAUAAAAGAAAACAUAAUAGGAGCUAUAAGAAAUCCACAAAAAAGCGACGAUCUAUAAAAAGACCAUAUGAGUGUGUCCUUUGUCCAAAGACAUAUGCUUAUAAACAUUCUCUUGAAGUUCACAUACAGAAACACAACCAAGAAAAAAUACUCAAAUGUAAUUUUUGCCCAUCUACAUUUUACAGUAAACAUUCCUUCAUUGACCAUAUGACUAUGACACAUCCUGCUAGGAACUCCUCUUUAACUGAAAAAUUCAGUAUUGUCUCAUCUUAUGGAGCCCAAAGUAAAAAGGAUUUAGGUAGUGAUGUAUCUACCUGAGGUAACUCCAAUUGUAUAACAAAACUAGUAUAUUUUCACCACUACCAUCAGUGUACAUGAACUCAGAUGUAUGUAUACACACAUACAUAUGCGUGGGAUUAUUGUAGGCCUUAGUCUGUAAUUAAUACCUGAAAAAAAGUGUGCAGUCAGUAUAUGUGAGCAACAUAUAACAUUCGUUUUAGUUAAUGACGCUCUUUAAAGAAGAUGUGAAAAUUGAUAUUACCUGAUAAAAUGCAAAGAAACAUUCUGUAAAUUGUGUGAAAAUUUCAGCUUUUCAAAUAUUUCCUGUUGUAAUAAAAGGAAGAAGGAUUUUGUCUUUGAAAUAUCUUACAUAAGUCAAAACUUGUAAUACACAAAAGAGCUACUUUAUGACAUCUGUUUUUCAUUCUGCAAAAAUAAACACUUAAUGUGUGUACGAACACUCUCAGUUCCUUUGACCCAGGCUGUUCCAGCUCGAGUAUCCAUCUGUAGGCAACUCGGUGCUCACCAGCAGCAGUGGGCAAGCAACUGAUGUGCAGGCAGUCAGGCCACAAACUACAUGAUUGUACUACCCUGGCUGAGUGCCUGUGCACAGGUUUGGCCUCAUUGCUUUUGCAUGCACAAAAGUACAUGAAACAGAGCUGCCUCAUCUGCACCUGUCUGCAGGUGAGCAGAUUGUUGGCCGUGGACACUUGUGCCCGAUGGGGCAUUGUUGGAGCAGUCUACUUUAACCCCUUCAUUGUCAUAUUGCAAUGAUAUGUCCAAAAUUAUCAUAAUUUUUUGUAGUUUAUAGAUUUUUUGUAGUUUAUAGAUUUGUGUUACAGUAUUGUUUGUAGAUCUAAUCAGCUGCCAAAAAAAGAUGCAAAAUAUUAUCAUAAGUUAAACUGAAUAUAAAUUUUAUGGUAUUACAAUUAACACAGAGCAUAGUGUAAAAUAGUUAGGCUCUUUAUAAUCUAUACAAUAAUAUUGGCUGUGUGAAUGUAUUUUCCUUUGAUUUGCAUUACAAUGAUUUA